GGUAUCAUGUCUGCAUGCACGUGGAGUUCAUGCACAAUGUCAGAAACAGGAGCUGAGAAGAGCCGUGGACUGAGAUUUGCUGAGGAGCAGCUUCUCCGUCACGGCUGGGAACAAGGUAAAGGUCUGGGAAGGGCUGAGAACGGCAUCUCUGAAGCAAUCAGAGUUAAAGUAAAGUGUGACAAAGGAGGGGUUGGCCAUAAAGAAAGUGAGCAGUUCACAUUUCACUGGUGGGAUCAUGUGUUUAACAAGGCAUCUGCCAGUUUGGCCGUGGAGUCGGAUCAGAAUGGGGUGAUGGUGAAGAAAAUGGCAGAAGAAGAAGAUGGAACGAUUUCUAACAAGAAGCCUCGAAAGGCCAUGAUGAACAAGUCAAUGCUCUAUGGAUGCUUUGUCAAGUCUGCUACUCUCCUCUCCGGGCAGGAACAGCCUGAACAAAGAUCGUCUGUCUCAGAGGACAGUAGCUCUGAGGACGAGGAGAAGCUAGACCUUUCGAGCACCAAGAAUUUAUCUGAUGCAGAACUGAUGAAAGCAUGUGGAGGACGCACUGCACAUAAAGGUGCCAGACAUGGUCUUACAAUGAGUGCGAAACUAGCCAGACUGGACCAACAAGAGCAGGAGUUCAUGGCAAAAUAUGGGAAAAAGAAGCAGAUAGAUAAAAGCACACCCCUGAGUGAAGUGGCACCCACUGAGCUUAGUUCUGCAUCAGACCAGGAGAGGGCAGAGAAGACCAAACGGAGGAAAGCCAAGAAAAAGAAGCAGCAUUCUGAUGAGCCCAAAGAGAAUGGCGUCCAAGAUGAGACUGAAGCUUCCCAGAAGCACAAUGAGGAGAUCUCCAAAAAACGAAAGAAACGGUCAAAAGACAAAGCAGUUUUAGAAUCGGAAGAUGCAACCAAUUCUUUUGUGGACACUGGCACAAACAAAAAGAGAAAAAAGACCAAACUGGUGCUGGAAGAGGAAAAUACAGAGAUAGUGCAGGAAGGCAAAGUAGCAGAGACUGCUGAACAUCAACCAACAGAUGAAAGUGUUUUAAAGAAGAAGAGGAAAAAGAAGAAACGCACUCAGAAAAGCAGUGCUCUGGAGGAAGGGCAGAGUAAGAUCACUGUGCUGGCCAAUGAAGAGUCUGCAGAAACUACAGAGAGUCAUGAACAUGAGCAGCAGGAAGAGGGCACUACUGUACUUCACCCAACGUUUGAGGUCUCCAAGAGGAAGAAGUCCUCCAAGGUCAAUAAAGACGCGUCACCCGCUCCAGAAAUGGAAGGCUGCUGUAGUUUAGACACCAGUACAGCAGAGAUUGUAGAAACAGCUGAUGUCAAGAAAGAAUCAUCACAAUCAAAUAAAAGGAAAAGUAGAGAAGGGGCAGAGACUGAUAAUAGAUCAAUAGAUAAACUACCUGAAAAGAAGAAAAAAAGGCAUGCAGAGUGAUGUUUUCUAGUGAAAUUAUAUAAAAGUGAUGCUAUGUUGAACUUGGAGGCUUAAAGGUGUAGCAUUGACUUACUUCAGUGUUGAUAAAUGAUGAGAGAAACAAUAUUUAUGAUUUGAAUAAUAAUGAUAUCUCAGGAUCCUUUCUUAUGGGCAUGGUUCAUUGUCAUCAUGUCCUCUCAGCUCCAGGAACUUGUUCAAUGACUUAUGGAAUGACUUUUUUUAAAAAAUCAUGGAAUGUACUGAAUUUAAUUUGGUACUUUUUAUUUAAAUGCCAUUUUUAUUACAUACAUAAAACAUAAUACACAGUUUGAGGUUUAAGUAUCUUGUACCAGCAUAACCUCAUGGUUUGUUUUGUUGCUUAUAAUCAAACUAUAAACAAAGGAAACAUAACCAAAAAAUUAAUUGAUUUACUGGCUAACUCGGUGAAUUUUUAACUUGUGCAUGAGUUUUCUUUUGUAGAGUGAGAUUGACCCUGUGAUGAUGAUCUUGGUGGUGAUUACCUUAAACCAGAAGUAUCUCUUUAAAUCAUUACAGAAUAAAUACCUUUAAUACAAA